UGUGCAGGACUAGUGUCGGGGGGCUUUGCCGGCAGGCCGUCUCGAAAUCUCACGCUUUCACGACGCUUCUUUUUUUGUUAUUGUUGUGGGCGGCGGAAAAAAAGUCGAGCUGUUAACUUUGGACGUUGUUUGCUGCAGCGAGCCGCCGGACAUCACGUACUUUGAAGGAAACAUGUUUUCGUAGGCUCUGUUGUUGUUCGACUGGUAGUAGCUGCGGCGGAAGUUUUGAAUCGUGUGCGAGUGCAGUACGAGAGCGAGUGCGAUUUUUUUGUUCGAAAGACCAAGUUCGUGUGUGGAAUUUUGAUCCGAACAUCACUGAAGAAAUCUAUGCAGGACUACGUAUUGUUAAGAAGUUCAAGUAGAGUUUGUGAGAACGUGAAUCGUACUGUAAAUAUAUUGAACUGUUACAGAGUUUUAGAUUAAACAUCUCUAAGUAUAUAGCGUGAUAUCUCUUAAAGAAAUAUUCUAAACUGUUAAACAUUUCUUGUUGCCAAAAGUUAAAGGGACUGUUUCGAUUUAUAUUGUUCUAACGUUUGACGUUUCAAUGGUUUACAUCGUUGGAGUGAACCCGCCGGCCCAUUUCGGCUCGACUAUGAACCGUCCUAUUCAAGUGAAACCAGCGGACAGUGAAAACCGCGGAGAAGACAGAAAGCUGUUCGUGGGCAUGCUUAGUAAGCAACAGACUGAAGAGGAUGUACGACAACUGUUUGCCCCCUUCGGAACUAUAGAAGAGUGCACGAUUCUUCGAGGACCCGACGGUACCAGUAAAGGUUGCGCCUUCGUGAAAUUCAGUUCGCACCAAGAAGCCCAGGCAGCGAUCAACAGCCUCCACGGAAGCCAGACUAUGCCGGGAGCGUCCUCCAGCUUAGUAGUCAAAUUUGCAGACACUGAGAAGGAGCGUCAGCUACGUCGCAUGCAACAGAUGGCUGGCAACAUGAGUCUGCUCAAUCCUUUUGUCUUCAACCAGUUUGGAGCCUAUGGUGCUUAUGCCCAGCAACAAGCAGCAUUGAUGGCUGCAGCAACAGCACAGGGUACUUACAUCAAUCCCAUGGCUGCUCUUGCCACGCAGAUUCCUCAUGCCACCCUGAAUGGCAUGGCAAAUCCAGUUGUCCCUCCCACAUCAGGUUGUUCAAUCUCGGGGCCAGAGGGCUGCAAUUUAUUCAUCUACCACUUACCUCAGGAGUUUGGAGAUGCUGAGCUUAUGCAAAUGUUCCUUCCAUUUGGGAAUGUCAUUAGCUCUAAGGUCUUCAUUGAUCGUGCCACCAACCAGAGCAAAUGUUUUGAUCUUUCAGCUGGUUGUGCCUGGUGAUGAGGAGAGUUGCAGUAAAGGGGACACUGGAAAAUUUGGAAAUUGGACACUGAGAAUUGUUCAAAUGCAGUUCUUGAAGUCUUGGUGUAAAGAUUGAAGAAAGUAAAGUCAAGAGGAAAGAGGGGUUAGUCUAGCACAAGAGGAGCAAUGACCCUGGAAGAGUGGCUUGUAUCAAUGCUGAACAACAGUGAAUCAACACAUCAUUCUCAUACUUCCUGUCAAGUAUUAGCCACGUGGUGCGGAAUUUUGUAGCUCCGCCCCCUGCAAAACAACUUAGUAUACUAGGUCAAACUACUUAGAUAGUAGAUAGAAAGCUUCAUAUUCUUAUCAUAUUAUUAUAUAUAAUUAUUAUUGAUUAUUAUUAAUACCAUAACUUAAGUAUUUAUUAUAAUAAUAUUUCAGAAUAACUACCUAAGAUGAAAAAGUGAUUUAACCAAUUUUUGCUUAGUAUUUAAGAUGAAAAGUGUGGAUUAAAUACUGAGGUUCAUGGCUUAUGGUCUCCAAAAGUAACAGAAAUGGACUAAUAGCAAACACUGUGAAUUUACAAGGUAAGAAUGUCUCCUCGUUAUAUAGAACUUACAUAGACUGCAGCAAAUCUACUGCUCGAGAAAUUCCAAAUGGGCUGUGAUUUACAAAUUCAAUGUGUAAUUGUACAGACCGUUUUGUCUUCUCGUUCGUGAAUGCAUAUUGCAAAUGCUCCUGAAUAUACUUUUCUAUGUCAGUGAAGCCAAAAAUAUCUUUGAAUAUCAAAGAAAUGAUAAUAAACACUAUGAACAAUGAAUUUGAAUGGUAGGAAUAGUAUACUCUUGUUUUGUUUUUCGUUUUUUUGUUUAUUUGUGUUUCAUUGUGAUUUUACUCUCUAAUAAUUACUGAAAAUUUUAUUGUAGAAAUCUGAAAAUGAUCUGUUAUAUAUAUUUUUAUGCACUGUAGCAAUGUUGCUUCAUAGAACCUUUUAGAAACUUUUGGGGGCCAACAGCCAGGAAGCGCUUUGCAUUGUUGCCAACUUUUACAAGUAUCCACCGAUUUUGAAUUCUCCCUCCUCCCCUUACAUGUAAUUAAUAACCCGAAAAGUAUGAUGUAAUGAAACCUAAUAUUUAUAAUGAAAUGAUACAAAACAAUUAAUAAUGUAAUAUUUCUACUACAAUUUUAGCAAAUAUGAAUUAACCAAAGUACCAAAAUAUUCAUACAUAUACAUGAACAUAUGUAGUUUGUAGUUAUUGCGAGUAUAUGAGGGGUAAAAGUAUAUAGUCACUAUAAAUAAUCAUAGCACUUCUUUGAAAGCCAAAGAAUGUAGGAGGACUUUUCUACAUUUUCUUUACAAUUAAUCCUAAAAAUAACAAUAACACAUUUCAUAAUUAUUUGAAAUCCCAAAUAAUUAUAAUUUUAAUACACCUGGAAAAGGAUUUUUUUAAUAAGAAACAUCUUGUUUAAAAGAUGAUUUAUUCAUUGCAUCUUGUCUGUUGUCAUUCUUGGUAUUAUACAAGGAUGUAUUUGUUGGUACGUUGAUUGGGGAAAUGCACUUAGAACCUCACACAGUCAUUUUAUGAUAGGGACUAAGUCAGAAUGUUUCCAACUCUAAAGAGUUUGAGGUAAUGGCUGGGCAUAAAUGAGUCAGGGGGUAGAAAAAAGUUAUAUCAUGUACCAUUUGUAUAUACAUAACAUUUAGAAUGGGUACAAAAUAAAACUACAUUUAUUCCAAUGCUGAAGCAUUGUAGCUGAUGAAUGUUUGUAAAAAUGGUUAUAGUUGAAUCAAAACUAUAUUUUAAAAUUUGAAAAGUUAUAUUUCUUAAAGGUUGUGUGUUGUGCAUAGUGUAUUCAAACCAAAUGUUUAGAAAGUGGUUGAUUAUCAAAGCAAAAUAUAUUAUUUCAUUUCUUACAUAGGUGUUUUAUGGUGGUCCUAUUUUUUAUUAUUUAUGUAUGUAAUAUAAUCUGACACUAAUGAGUGCGAUUGGCUGUCAUUUUAUUUCAUCUUCUUUUGGAUUAAAAGAACAAUAUAGUCUAGAACAUUAGUAAUUUCAAGAAGAUGAAGAAAUAAUCUAUAUAUUUUUAUUUGAUAGCUAUGCAAGAAAAUAGUACUUGAUUUUCUCUAACGUUUUAUGAAAGAGCUUCAACGUGAUAUUAUGCAGAUGACUCCUUCCAUUUCUUUUAAAAUGGGCCAUGGCAAAUUUUUCACUAAGUUUAUGAUAAUAAUAUUCUAAUAAACUGAAACAAGAAGUGUGUCUGUGAUUGCACUUCUAAUGCCCAUUGUACAAUUGUCUCAAACUCUAGGAUGGAAACUGCUUUAAUAGUGAAUGAAGCUGAAUGAUUGGCUGAGUUUUCUCUAGUCAAGAUAAAACAUUUGCAAGAGAAGAUAGUUAGUGAAUAGUAAUGUAGGCUUUUAGUGAUACACUAACGUAUUAUAUUUAAGAGAAAGAAGUAACAAAGUGAAGGGGGCUGAUAGAUAGUUAAAUAUAAUUUAUCAAAAGAUAUAGUUAAAAUAAUUUUGAAUUUAUUUAACAAGUAUAGGGGAAAGAGAAAAUCAAUGGAUUGUGUGCAAUAUCAAUAAUGCUCUGAUUGACACAAUGGAUUUGUUAUGAAAUUUACUUUUUUAUGAAAAAAUAAAGCAGAAUAUUAACAACUUCUUUUGUCACUUAACAAACCAGUUUGUGCAAUGCUUUUCUUUCUAAGGCUUGAUUUUGUAUUAACUUAAACAGAAUAACCUGAUUUUGUAUUUAUGACAUCUGAUGGUCAUAAUCAUUGCUGCAAUUUAAAAAUUAUUCUCUUAACUACCAUUCUACACAUUCCCUUAUUGAAACCCUUUGAAAAAUAGAACUUGAAUGCUCUUGUUAAUUCUGAAAUGCCAUUACAAUUACCACAGUUCUGCUGUGCUACUACCUUCAUAAUCACAUCCAUAUAUGACUGCAUCAUGUGUAAAUAAGAAGCUAUUCCCCUUGAAAAUAUUUGCUUAUCAGUACUAUGGGAAUGUAAACAGAAAGACGUUUUUAAGUACUGUAAAAUAGUUUGUAUUUUUUUAUAAACAUUAUUUGUGUAAAAUUCACUUCCAAUUCUAAAAUGAGCAGAACAGAUUUGUGUUUACAAAAUAAUACAUUAUCACUGUUUUGAAAAAUUUCUAUUUGAGUUUUUAAAAAUGCAGCAAAUUUUGUACAUAAUUGUAUGUAUAAUAUUUUUAUUGCUCUGAAAAUUAGUAACUAUCACACUAACGCUUUAUUAACUGUGAAAGAGCAGGAUAUGUUCAUUCAGGUCCUAUUGUGAUUUUAUUCAACAAAAAUAAGGAUGUAAAAACUUUUAGUGCCAAGUUUACAAUGAUAUAUUUAAUUAGUCAUGUGGUACAAAAUAUUUCAGAAAUAUAUUAUCACUUUAAAGUGUGAGGAAGUUAAGAAUAGGCAUUUGGGAAAUGAUUAGAGAUGUAGAGACACACGCAGGGUGUUUUGUAUAUUUUAAAAUUUAUUUUGCAUCGAUAAAGCUCUUCUUUAUCUAUUGAAUUUUUGUUAAUUUAAUUAUGAACAUUUUUAUCACGUGUAAUAUGCUCUCACAAUUCAACAGUUCAAUUACUGUGCUGCCUUUCGUGUAGAACUCAGUGCACAAAAUAUAAUAAAAAUAUAUAUAUAAUAAAAUAUAAUUAAUAAACACACAAAUACACGGGACUGCAAAUGAUAAUCCGUAAUGUGCGUGGGGGUUGGGGUGACUAAGAACAACAAACAAGAACAUUUUUGCCACUUGUCUGUUGAUAUUUAAAAUAAAACCCCCAAUAUAAGAAUAAACUGCUAUGAAGUGAUUCUUGGAUACAGGGUAUGUUUUUUCAAUUAUUUGUGUAAAUGUUUUUCCUGUGGAACCAAAAAAAGGAGCAACUUUGGUGUACUCUCUCAAAUAGAUUUUUCACAAAUCAAAGAAAACCUAGUGAUCCCUUUUUAAAACAAGAUAUGCUACAUUAGUCAACUGUGCCAUAAUAAGGGGGACACCGCAGAAUCUCAUUCUGUGGACGUUGUCAUUUCUCAUUUUCUCAGUCAUAUUGUAUAUAUUUAUUUGAAAAUAAAUGAAGUACUUUUCAGUAUAAAUAUAUUGGAUGUGCUUUGUCCAACAGGUCUGAACAAAAAUUUGUAUUUAACCUUUCCGUUAACCUUCCUGUACAUUGCUUCAUCACAUGGCUUCAAAAUUUGUUUUGUACAGAAAUAUGAAGCAAGCCAAAAUGAUUAAUGUACAUAAGGGUUAACUACUAGUCACAUUAAUUUUAUAGUGCCAUGAACAUAUAUUCUGAAGACAAAUGACAUUGUUAUAGGCUAAUGAAAUUUUAUUUCCUCAUGGCCAGUAGUUACAGUCUCAACAGAGGUUUUCAAGAGAUUUGAACUUGUCUGCCAUCCAUGCUAUGUACAGAAGAAUUUAUUAAUCAUAAUCAAGCAUGUAAAUGUCAUUUGUAUGAAUUAACUUGAUACCUGUAAAAUUUAUCAGAAAACACAAUGGAAAAGUAAGUUUAUCAAGACAAGAUAUGAUAAGAAGUUUAAAUUUAUGUAUCUUAAUGGACUGAUCAAUGGGAGAGCACAACAGAAGACUGAAGUCUCUACUGUAAACAGUGCAUUUCAACAUACAAAAGGAAAAACGGAAUGAAAACUCUUGAUAGCCUGUAGCAGCCGUGUCCUCCAACAUGAAAAAAUAGAACAACCUUCAAUGUGAGCCGAAUGGACUUUUAAACAUGGACUUUUGUAAAAAGCAACAUGUUUGGUUCACAUUGUAGAUUUCUAAACUAAUUCACAUCAAUAUCUUUUUUAAGUAAUAGAUUUGAAAUGUAGGCAUCUUUCCAAAGGUUAUGUGGCAAAAUAAGAAUUAAGUUUGGUGCUAGCUUCUCAUAUUCUAACUUUUUUUCUUUCUUUUCUUUUUCAUUUUUUAACACAAAUUCUCCUUUAUCUGACUGACAACUGUACCAUAUUAAUUUAUGAUUGGUAGCACACCAAUACCAUAAACACAGAGUAUGUGGAUAGCCUGUUCCUUCUUUUUUGCAGUUUAUAACCAAUUAAUAUAUAAUAUAAAUAUGUAUAAUAUAACAGUAUAUAUAAUAUAUAUAUUUUGAUUUGUUCUUGCCAUAUGAUUAUAAAAGUGGCAAGAAAGAAGAGGAAUGGAGCAUAUUAUUAUAUGUCCAUAAUUUGUAUAAAAAUAAUUAAUAAAAUUAUUUGCUGAGAGGUGAAAUUGUAAUGCAAUGUACUGUGACCAGUGACAUAGAUGAUGUUUGAUUCACUUUGGGACCAAGUACUUGGUUUUUUGUGAUUUGCAAAAUAAUGUGACUGGUUCAGAGAAGAAGAAAAUAUACAGGUGAAAUGAUUGAUUGUUCUUAAAAAUCAGAUAAACCUUCGUGAACUUUUAAUGCAAAACUUUUUUACCUUUCAGCAAAUUACCUGCAUUUUUUUGUAAGGAAUAUUUUUAAAACGUAAUAUUAUAACACCUAAAAAGAAAAAAAAUUAAUUUAUAUUUUGAGAGGUUGGAGAAAUGGUUGUUGUAUAUAUUGUAUACUAUGUACAUGUUUGUCCCCAAUGUUCAGUAUUUUUUUCUUUGUGAGUGUAUCAGUGAGCUUGUGCAUCAUCCUGAAUUUCAUAAUUUUUAUUCACUGAAGUACUUUUAAAAAUAUUGGUUUAGUGUAUCAUUCAUUAUAUAUUUGGUCAUUUUUGAUUUCACAAUAUUAAAAUACAUCAAUUACAGGACUGAUAUUCAUAUAUCUGUCAUGUCAAAAUGUCAUGACUAAUAGGAAAACAGCUUAAUAGGAUUAGUUACAUUAUUUAUAUGACACAAUAAUGUACUAUAGAAUCAAAAUAAAUAAAAAUAAAUAUUGCCAAACUCAUGUCGCAUGAAAGAAUGAAAAAUCAUAUCUGCCAGUGAGCAUAUAAAACAAAUUAUAAAUACCAGUUUUAACGAGUUGUAUUGUUGGAAAUUUUUACUAAAAUAUAGAUAAUUCAUGAUAUUAAUGAAAAUUAAGAAAUACAGUUAGUAUACAUAAUGGUGUAUCAGACAAAGAAAACUUAUUUCUUAUUCCAGUGAUGAAAAUUAGUAAUAAUUUCAUUACCAUCAAAUUGAAUUGAAUUAUCAAACAGACCAUUCUCUAACCUCUUCAAUAUGUUUCUUUAGUUAUUUCCUUUUCUAUGAGAAAAAGAAACAAUGAGUGGUUGAUAAAUUCAUAAGUUUUAUAGCAGGCUAGAGUGCUGGAUACAUUAGAUAACCAGGACAUUGUAAAUUGGAUUCAUAGAAUAAUGAUUAUGAACUACUAUUAUAUAUAACUAUAGCAAGACAGUAUUAGGUUCAGUCACAUCUGUUAUUUUUUUUAUAAAUAGGGUGACCAAAUUUAUCUGAUAAAAUCCUUCAUUGGGGAAGUAUAUAAAGAAUGAAGAAUAUACAAUAUACAUAGAAAAAUAUAAUUUCCUUAUUUUUAAUCCCAUUCCUAAUUUGGUUUAAAAAUUACUGGAAAGUGUGUACAAGCAGAAUUACUCUUCACUCACAAACAUGUUCUAAAUCGAAUUAAUGUCCAAAUAUGAAUUCAAGACUAUAUCAACACAAAUAUGGAGAAGUCUUAUCAUUUUUUAAAUUGUAUAUAGUAUUUUCUUGUGAACUGCCAAACGGAGGAACUUUGAAAGUAAAGCAAAAUACCUCAUCAAAUAAAAGGUAUGUGUAAGAUAACACAGAAUGAGAAAUAAAAAUUGGAAAAUAAAUCUUCAUUACUUGGAUAAAAGUACUCUGUAAAUUAAUUCCAUUGUAAGUAAAAGUUUUUUAGCCUAUGUCAAUAUUAUUUGAGGAUAUUUGUACAGGCAUAAUAGAAUAGGAUUUCUAUUAUUUCUAACCAGCAUUGUUUCAGGUUUUAAUGAUUUUGAACUUUUAUAUUUGAAAGCCGUCCAAUCUUUCUGAACUGUGUUGUCAUAUGUGUAUCCUGAAACAGUGGGCAUAUGUUGCUGUUAAUGCUUCUGUAAAUAACUCCAAUAGAAGUAGCCUCCACAACAUGGAUAAAUGCAAAGGGAUCUUCUAAUUUUUAAUGAGUUCACUAAAAAAUUUCCAUAUAUACUGUUAGAGUAUGCUCUAAACAGUAUAGUCGUUAUAUGCUCAGACCUUACAAGAGAUACUGUAGGUUUCCCCCUUUUCCUAAUAAGGCAAAACUUGUAGAUAAGACAUACAUCAAUAUUUAAGUGUCAAUUUCUUAAUGUAAAUCCAAAUGAGUAUGAUCACCCUAUUUAUGAAACUCAAGCUCUUUGGCUUCCUGUUAAUUUCUUUCUUAGUCUGUUAAAAAACUUAUUAUAUAAUGUAUAAAUAUAUAAAAAGCUGAACAUUAGAUAAAAACACAUUUAGGUAGUUAACAUAAUCAUAGCAUACUUUAUAUAUUCAUUAUUAUGAUUAUUAUGAUUAUGAUUAUUAUGUGCUGGACAUUGGGCAAAGUUCCAUCUAUCCAGUGUAAAUCAGCAUACAUCUAGGACUGAUCAUGGAACACCUGCAUAAGACUUCGUGGAUUAUCAGGUCAUUAACUAGAUGUGUGUUGCAUCUGUUUUACUUGAUUUACUUUUAAAAGAAAAAAACUUUUGUGCAUGUUGAACAUAUUUUAAUUUUCUCUUUCAGCAACAUUUGCAAAAAAGUAAUCAACCCAUUUCCUUGCAAUAAAGUUUUGAUAAAUACAAAAUUAAUUUGAUCUGUAUAUGCUUGCUACAAAUGACAGUGACUAGCGAUACUGAAAGUUGUGUAUACAUUAUAUACUGGUUAAAUAUGUUAUAUCAUAUUUCAAUUAUUAUGAAUUUGCUGAAAGACGCAAAUAAAAAAAUGUUGUUCAGCAACACAAAAGAGAAACUUUAUAACUGAAUUUAAAAAAAAAUAAAGUUGAACAAGAAAAGAAUAUCUCACUCUCACUGUUCCUCAAUGAUAUCCUGAUUACAAAAUAUUUAAUAACUUACAUCAUAUGUUAAAACCAAUUCAAG